AUGGAUUCAGAACCAUAUCAUUAUGCUGUAUCAUUUAAGCGAAGCGGCCGCAAACUGCCUUCAACACCUAUUUUGCCAACGAGAAGCGUCUCAGAAUCGCCAUCGAAAUAUCGACGUCAAAGUGCCCUUCCGGCUUAUAUGUUUCAUCCACAAGACGACUAUGAUCCAUGUAAGGAUUGUCAACUUACUUUGGAUAGACGGCGAUGCAAUGAAAGAGAGCGAAUCGCUAACUUUUACGAUCAGAUUAGCACGCGAAUCAUGCAUGACGAAAGGUUAUCUAUAUUUGCUAUAGGAUCUUUGUCAUAA